AUGGUAAGAAUCACACUAGUGAAGGACAGCCCAGAGAUGGUAAGAAUCACACCAGUGAAAGACAGCCCAGAGAUGGUAAGAAUCACACUAGUGAAGAACAGCCCAGAGAUGGUAAGAAUCACACUAGUGAAGGACAGUCCAGAGAUGGUAAGAAUCACACUAGUGAAGCACAGCCCAGAGAUGGUAAGAAUCACACUAGUGAAGGACAGCCCAGAGAUGGUAAGAAUCACACUAGUGAAAGACAGCCCAGAGAUGGUAAGAAUCACACUAGUGAAGGACAGCCCAGAGAUGGUAAGAAUCACACCAGUGAAAGACAGCCCAGAGAUGGUAAGAAUCACACUAGUGAAGAACAGCCCAGAGAUGGUAAGAAUCACACUAGUGAAGGACAGCCCAGAGAUGGUAAGAAUCACACUAGUGAAGCACAGCCCAGAGAUGGUAAGAAUCACACUAGUGAAGGACAGCCCAGAGAUGGUUCUGGAUGUCUAUGCAUCUGUUUCCUGUGUUGAGCUCCUGGAACCCCAUGCAUUGGACUCUGAUGCCCAGUGCCAGGACUGGCUGAAGCAGGUGAAAAGACUGAAGGGGUCUAUGGAGCUGGUCUGCUCCCAGAGAAGCCUGAAGCAGUAUGGAGAGAGGAGCCGGGAACUGUUUGACUACAUCUGUAAUCAUUGGAACCGUAUCUGCAUCGUCUUUCUGUUUGUGGAACACAUGCUGAUAGGCUUUGAGUCUGAGGAGAGGGAGCUCAAGUCUCUGGUCCUUGAUCACACUCGUACCAUAGGCAAAAUUCUGGCAAAAAACUCAGACGUAAAAUCGGAGGAACCAUUUGCGGCCAUCAUUACAGUACUGAAGACUUGCAAGCAAAAAGCAAGUGAUCUGAUUUGCAAGUUUGGUUUCCAGUGCCGUGUGUGCAUGGGGGAACCACAAGACCCCGUGGACCUGCCCUGCCACCACAUGUUCUGUCUGACCUGUGUCAGAGGAUGUCUCAACACAGGCCAAAUGUACUGCCCCACGUGCAAACACGAACUCCCAGAUGACUUCGAGGUCAAAGUGACUGAGGACAUAAGAGCUUGCAUCACACUAAACGCUCAGUUCAGGCAGAGUUGCAAUGCGUUUUUCAUAGACCUGGUCACUACUGUGUGCUUCAAGGACAACAUCCCCCCAUCAAAAGGUGUCAUCCUGCACCUGUUGUCCUUCCUCAUGGUUGAGACAGAACCCAUCCCACUCAUCAGAGCACAAAGUCAGAUACACACCAAAGAUUUCUCACCAUUUGAUGAGUCUAUGGACAAGAAUCCUGUGGUGCGAUCAGUGAUACUCAAGCUUCUGCUCAAGUACACCUUUGAUGACGUCAAAGAAUAUCUGCAGCAGUAUUUGACAUUGAUAGAAGAGAGCAACAUUCUAGAGGCUGAGGAUAAAAAUGAACUUUAUGCGCUCUACAUCAACUGCCUUGAGGACUCCAUGUUCGACAGAAAGCCACAUGAAUGCCAGAAGCCUGCAGAUCAGCAGGCCUACCUGCAGAAUGAGACUGAGUUCUUGCGUCACUUCCUGGACUUUGUCACUACGUCGGCUGAGACCGUCACAAUAGAGUACCUGCAACAGAUCGCGAGGGUCCGUCUAUGCCUGGACAUGGCUGCACACCUGCUCCAUAGCAAAAAAAUGCAUGAAAUGUAUGCAUUCACUACUGUAAGUCGCUCUGGAUAAG